UCUUGAGUCUUCCUUACAUUCCAAAUGCUAUUCAAAGACGAGGACACCGUCGUGUUUUCCCUGACUUGCGAAUUUCCUAGUACUUAAAGCUGUAAAAUAGGAACAAGAGUUACGCACAACAUCGUUUCUGAACCUAUCGGGCUGGUAUGGGGUACCCAAGAAACAUAGUAGUCAUAAGAUAUAAACCACCAAUCAUUAGCUUUUCCCUCCUACUCCUCCUACUGUUUCUGCUGCAUUCACCAGUGGUUCCUGCGCAGGGUGCAUCAUCAUACCAUCCUGAGGAUGAUUUUGCUGUCAACUGUGGCUCAAAAGAAACUACAGUCUACGCUGAUCGGAAAUGGGUAGGAGACGAUGACUCCAAACUAUUUUCUACCAUUGAGCAGCCACAAACUAAGCAACCAUCUCUCAUAACUGAAACUCCAUAUCCUCUUUCAGCUGAUUCAUUUGUGUUUAGCUCUGCACGCAUUUUCCUUUCCAAUUUCACAUACUCCUUUCCUCUCAAAACUAAUGGCCCCAAGUUCGUUCGGCUUCACUUUUAUCCAACAAAUUAUCUCAACUUUGAACCCUACAACUCCCUUUUUUCCGUUACAGCGGGCAAUUUCACCCUUCUCAAGGGUUUCAAUGCUUCACGUUGGCUCGCCAAUGACGAAAUGACCUUUUUCAUAGAAUACUGUGUCAACGUGGAAACAGGAAAGAGGCUUGACCUGACCUUCAUUCCCAACAAAUCUUAUUAUGCUUUCAUCAACGGGAUUGAGGUGGUCUCCAUGCCUCCCUACCUCUAUUACACGGACCCCAGCAAGUCCUCCGGGUUUGAGUUUGUAGGCCAUGGCAUCAGCAUAUACCAACUUGAAAGUGAAAAAGCUCUGCAAACACUUUACAGAAUCAACGUUGGUGAAAAACAGAUUCCACCACAGCAAGAUACUGGUAUGUACAGGUCUUGGGAACCGGAUGCCGAUUACAUUGAGAAGCAGUAUCCGUCGAGUAUUUCAAUGGGCUAUCCACCACUGAAAUUCAACGGUAAUAUUACUCCAGAUUACACUGCACCUGACCUUGUUUACUUGAGUGCCCGAAGCUACGGGAUGCGCGAGACCAAGAAUUAUAAUGUGACUUGGCGGUUUGAAGUGGAUUCACAGUUUACUUACAUGGUCAGCUUACAUUUUUGUGAGUUUGCGAAAGAAAUCCAACACUAUACCGACAGAACUUUUCAGAUAUUUAUAGCAGAGCUUUUGGCUGAGGAUCGCGCCGAUGUGAUUAACUGGAGUGGUGGUAAUCACGUUCCUGUUCGAAGGGAUUAUGCUGUUCAGCUUCUCCCUGAUGACCUAGGGCAAAGUUCUAAGAAAGUCAACAUUUCCAUCAAGCUUCAACGACUGCCAGAUGCCGAGUUAACCAACUACCAUGAUGUCAUAUUGAAUGGCAUCGAGAUCUUCAAAAUCAGUGAUGCUACCAACAAUCUUGCAGGACCCAAUCCAGAACAUGUUCGAACCUCCACACAAGAAUCACCGCAGUUGCCACAAUCAUCCAAACACUCAAAGAAAAAGAUAAUCACUGUUGUCGUUGCUGUUAUUGCAGUUUCAUGCCUCGUGCUGGCAUCUGUUAUUGGAAUCAUCCUUUUCAGUUGGAGAAGGAGGAGUUUUGAUUAUAGGGGAGGAACCACAAAAAAGAAAGGUUCUUCAUCGCUGCCAUCACACUUAUGCCGCUACUUUACAAUUGCAGAGAUAAGAGCUGCCACAAACAACUUAGACGAUGUGUUCAUCGUCGGAGUUGGAGGGUUCGGCAACGUUUACAAGGGAUACAUAGACGGCGGUGCAACCCCCGUCGCCAUCAAGCGCCUCAAACCCGGUUCUCAACAAGGAAUCAACGAGUUCCUUAACGAGAUCGAUAUGCUUUCCCAGCUCCGGCACCUUCAUUUGGUGUCCCUCAUUGGUUACUGCAACGACGGCGUAGAGAUGAUCCUUGUCUACGACUUCAUGCAACGUGGCACGCUCCGCGAGUAUCUCUACGGUUCAGAUAACAAACCUCUUCCUUGGAAGCAGAGGCUCGAGAUCCUAUUGGGCGCAGCAAGAGGGCUGCAUUAUCUCCAUGCAGGUGCGAAGCACAAUAUCAUCCACCGUGACGUCAAGAGCACAAAUAUCUUACUGGACGAGAAAUGGGUGGCCAAGGUUUCCGACUUUGGAUUAUCCAAAGUAGGACCCACCGGAACUUCCCAAACCCACAUCAGCACCAUGGUUAAGGGUAGCCUUGGGUAUUUAGACCCUGAGUACUACAAGCGUCAACGCUUGACUUUAAAAUCUGACGUGUACUCUUUCGGUGUGGUCCUUCUUGAGGUAUUGUGUGCGAGGCCGCCUUUGAUCCGUAACGUGGACAAGCACAAGGCCAGCUUGGUUGACUGGGUAAGAAAACUGAAUGAUCAGGAUAAGCUCGAUCAGACGGUGGAUAUUUUCUUGAAAGGCUCAAUCACGCCAGAGUGUUUGAAAUGGUACGGUCAAUUGGCGAUGAGUUGUUUGCAUGAUGAUGGAAAUCAACGGCCAUCGAUGAAUGAUGUGGUGGGGGCACUCGAGUUUGCAAUGCAGUUGGCCGAAGGCGACAAAGAUAAUAGUUUUGGUGGGGCCCAAGAUAAGGAAAAGGGCGAGGAGAGCCCGUUGAUACCGCAGUUUACGAGUGAUGAAGGGAGUGACGUACUUUUUACUAGUGAUGAAUCCGGGACCAAGGAUAGUAAGGUCACCACGAUUUCGAGUAGUAGUGAGGAGCGUGCUUUGAUUUCUGGUCUGGUCUUCUCUGAAAUUGGAGAUCCAAGAGCAAGAUAAAAUCUACUACAACUUGUUUCAAUAAUAAUGCUGAUGGGAAUUGUCCUUGUUAAAUAUAUACAUUGCUAGGUAAAAUGUUGUGUUUGUUAUUACCAUAAGGUAAGUUUGUUAGUUUCCGGUAUAGUUAGUUAAUAAAGGCAGGGUAAUUUUGUUACUUUUCCUUUACAAAUUUCCUGUGUAAUAUAAUAUUUAAAGGCUUAAAAGACUUGGUUGCAAAUGGUCAAGUAUAUAUUAUUCAAUAUAAUUAAACUUUUA